AGAACAAAGACCAUAGGCGUGAAUUUCUUAGAAUGCUCUUCAUUUAUUCACUGUCUCUGGCGUGUUCCACUGCUUUGGGGUCCUCUUGCUUGCCAUCUCCUGCUCGCGUACCUUCCUUCUAUCCACCACCACAAGUUCGCGAUCUCUACCUCACAGCAUGGGGUCAAAGAAAUCUCACAAAAGGUCUGGGUAAGUCACAGAGCCCUAAAGUACUGAGAACACAGAUAUUUAUAAUCUCUCUUCGUUCUAAGCAGUCUCCCCUCUAAACUGACCCUCUUAUUCUAUCUAUAUCUCCCUGUCCUUA